CCCACACCACCUUGUCGCCAUCGCAACCUUUUCUUCGCUCCUCUCAUCUCUUACUCUCUCUCUCUCACUCACUCUCUCCAUCUCAGUCCAGCCCCCACUCUCAUCUGGUCCAGACCCCAGAGACAUCUCCAUCUGGCUGUUUCCCCCAUUGACGCGUCGCACUCCACGUCGUCACUUCCUGUAGCAGUACCCAACUUUUUAUCUUGCCUACACACACAAAUAGUAUAGUCUACACCAUGGCCGCUGCUCCCCUCGACUUCAAGGACCUCGUCGUCCUCAUCACCGGUGCCGGUGGUGGUAUUGGCAGGGCUUACUCGCACUUCUUCGGCUCGCGCGGUGCCAAGGUCGUCGUCAACGAUGUCGCUCUCGCCCCUGCCCAGAAGGUCGUUGACGAGAUCGUCAAGGCUGGUGGCCAGGCCGUCCCCGCUGUCGGAUCGGUCACCGAGGGCCAGCUCGUCGUCGACCAGGCCGUCAAGGCCUUCGGCACCGUCCACGUCGUCAUCAACAACGCUGGUAUCCUCCGUGACAAGUCGUUCCGCAAGAUGACCGACGCCGAGUUUGACAUCAUCGUCGCUGUCCACCUUACCGGUGCCUUCUCGAUCACCAAGGCCGUCUGGCCCCUCUUCCGUGCCCAGAAGUUUGGCCGUGUCAUCAACACCGCCUCGCCUGCUGGUCUCUACGGCAACGGUGGCCAGGUCAACUACUCGGCUGCUAAGAUGGGCCUUGUCGCCUUCUCGCGCACCCUCGCCAAGGAGGGCGUCAAGUACAACAUCAAGUCGAACACGAUCGUUCCCCUUGCCGCCUCGCCCAUGACCGAGACUGUUAUGCCCCCCGACUUCCUCAAGGCUCUCCAGCCCGAGUGGAUCGCCCCUCUUGUUGGUAUCCUCACCUCCAAGAACGGCCCCGACGUCACUGGCCGCAUCUUCGAGGUCGGAGCCGGCUUCUUCUCCGAGGUCCGCUGGGAGCGCACCAAGGGUGUCAUCUACAAGACUGACGACUCGUUCACCGUCGAGGCCGUCGAGGCCCGCUGGAAGGAGGUCCAGGACUUCACCGACGCCCAGCACCCCACCGACGCCGAGGCCCAGGACAUGCUUGCCGUCGUCGAGGCUCAGCCCAAGCUCCCCAAGAACCCCCAGGGUGCCCCCAUCUCGUUCAAGGACCAGACUGUCAUCAUCACUGGUGCCGGUGCCGGUCUCGGCCGUGCCUACGCUCUCCUCUACGGCAAGCUCGGUGCCAACGUCGUCAUCAACGAUGUCAGCGCUGAGAACGCCAACAAGGUUGUCGAGGAGGUCAAGGCCCUCGGUGCCAAGGCCGUCGCCGCCGUCUCGUCCGCCGAGGACGGCGAGGGCAUUGUCAAGACUGCCAUUGACGCCUUCGGCAAGGUCCACAUCCUUGUUGCCAACGCCGGUAUCCUCCGUGACAAGGCCUUUGUCAACAUGACCCAGCAGCAGUGGGACCAGGUUCUCGCUGUUCACCUCCGCGGAACCUACAAGUGCGCCAAGGCCGUCUGGCCCUACUUCCACGAGCAGAAGUACGGCCGUAUCAUUGUCACUGCGUCGCCCAACGGUAUCUACGGUGCCCACGGCCAGGUCAACUACGGCACUGCCAAGGCUGCCCUCAUCGGCUUCACCAAGGCUCUCGCCGUCGAGGGCAAGAAGUCGAACAUUCUUGUCAACUCGAUUGCCCCUCGUGCUGGUACUGCCAUGACCGAGACCGUCUGGACCAAGGAGAUGGUUGCCAUCUUCAAGCCCGACUUUGUCGCCCCCGUCGUCGCCUACCUUACCUCGGACAAGUACAACCAGACUGCCGGCCUCUACGAGGUGUUUGGCGGUUACGUUGCCCAGGUCCGCUGGGAGCGCAGCUACGGUACCACCUUCCCCAACAACCACAUUGCCACCCCCGAGCAGGUUCUCGCCCGUUGGAAGGACAUCACCACCUUUGACAACAGGUCGACCCACCCCUCCUCGCCCGCCGAGUCGUUCCAGCAGAUCAUGGCCAACUUUGACAAUGUCGAGGAGGAUGCCGAGCAGGACUACGUCGACCCCGAGGACCCCGAGGUCGUCAAGGAGGCCAAGCGCAACUCCAAGACCGAGUCCGAGUUCACCUACACCAACCGCGACGUCAUCCUCUACAACCUCGGCAUUGGCGCCAAGGCCAAGGAGCUCGACUGGACCUACGAGAACGCCGACAACUUUGGUGCCCUCCCCACCUUUGGUGUCAUCCCCCAGUUCGAGGCCCAGGCUGGUCUCAGCUUUGACUUUGUCCCCAACUUCAACCCUGCUACUCUGCUUCACGGCGAGCAGUACCUUGCCAUCAAGGCGCCCAUCCCUACCGAGGGCACCCUCGUCAGCACUGUCCGCCUCCGCGAAGUCCUCGACAAGGGCAAGGCCGCUGCCGUCACCUCGAUCGUCGAGACGCACGACAAGGCCACUGGCGACCUGAUCUUCGUCAACGAGGGCACCGUCUUCCUCCGUGGCUCGGGUGGCUUUGGCGGCAAGAAGGCUGGCUCUGACCGUGGCCCCGCGACCGCUGCCAACGUUCCCCCCAAGCGUGCCCCCGACGCCGUUGUCGAGGAGAAGACUUCGGAGGACCAGGCCGCUCUCUACCGUCUGUCGGGCGACUACAACCCCCUGCACAUUGACCCCUCGUUCUCCAAGAUUGGCGGCUUCCCCAAGCCCAUCCUCCACGGCCUCUGCUCGUUCGGUAUUGCCGGCAAGCACGUUCUCAAGACGUUCGGCGCCUACGAGGACAUCAAGGUCCGCUUCGCUGGUGUUGUCAUCCCCGGCGAGACCCUUGUCACCGAGAUGUGGAAGGAGGGCAACAAGGUCAUCUUCAACGUCAAGGUCAGGGAGCGCAACGCUGUUGCCAUCUCCAACGCCGCCGUCACUCUUGUCCCCGGCGCUUCGCUCAAGUCGAAGCUCUAAGCCUCGGCCAGAGUAGUUGAUGUGUGAUGAGAUGAUCAGAGGAUCGUUGUAGAGUUUGAAAAAUGUAUUGAAUGGCAGUCA